AUGAACAUGGUUUCCUCUUGUGUUCUUUUUGGUUAUUUUGCAGAAAUGGCUAGCCGUGCACGACGCCACCAACCCGGGAGUCGCCCCGAUUUUCCGUGGUACUCUUUUCCAAGGACUGUUGGGCUCGAGAUUUAUGCAAGAUGGAAUGCAAAGCUUGACUGGAUGAAGCAACGAAAAUUCCAUGUUCCUGUGGUAGUGGAUGGGCAAUGGAUUGGACAGACUGGAUUAAUGGAGGGAAUUGAGCCAUACUUUGAUAAAGCAUUUGAUGGCAUUCAUGGGCAAUUUGUUUGUAUGGGGUGGAGACGGCUAUUCCAAAUUCAGGAAGUCGUGUACAAGGAGUUAGUCAUCGAGUUUCUGGCCACAGUUUCUUUUGCACGGAAAUAUGGUUUUUUUUGCUGA